AGCAAAAAAGCGCGAAAAGCAUGCUGAAUAACUGACAUCUAUCAAACAGUGAAUUUCAUUUCUCAGCUGUUGUCAGCAUCAGAUCUAGUAAUAAUCAAUCAAGUUGAUCAAAUAUUUCGAUUUGUUUUCAAACAGAAUUAAUACGUUAAUGAGAAGUUAACUGUAUUCUUAUUUAUCAUGAAUACUUACUUUUCCGAUAGAAAGGAGCGUCACUUAUUGUACAAUACUUUGGCAAUCCUCUUGAAAGCUGUUGAAGGUGAACGUACUACCGUUGAUCUGCGUAAUGAGGCUUGUAUUUACGGAACCGUUGAACAAGCUGAUGGCUUUAUGAAUAUCUUAAUGAAGAAUUGCAUAUUCACCGAUCCAAAGGGUGACAGCUUUAAGUAUGAAAUAUUUUUCGUUCAAGCUCGAAAUAUUCGCCAAGUUCACAUUCCAGCACAUAUACGAAUAUUACCUUCAAUCAAAGAACAGUUGGAAAAAGUAUCUCGUAGACCAGUCAAAAAUAUACCAACACAUUCAUUAAGAUCUAAAAGAAUAACUAGAAAUCAAGCUGAGGGACUAGCAGCUGUAAAAAAAAUUUUAGAAGAUAGGAAGCAUAAUGAACCUCAAGCUAGUGGUAGUGGUACUAAAAACUGAUACAGUUUCAGUUAUAGAUUUUAUUCUGAUAUAGUCACUUCAUAUAAAAAAUAUCUAUAUUUCACAAAAUAUGUGUACAGUCUAUUAAUAAAGGUAUAUAUUUCAUAAAAUUUGCUA